GGAGUGUGGAUACGGUUGUCCCGGGAGUGUGGGGGGCAUUUCUCCUGGGUAGGGGGCUCACAGUGGGUCUCACCAUUGCAGCCCAGGGCUGGGACUGACCAAGAAGGACAUGAGAAGCUCUGCCCCACACUGGGAGGGCAGCGCUGGGUACCAGCCCCAGAAGAGCUGCCUCCGGCAGGGGAAUCCCCGGACCCCGUCUCUCUGUCGCCCCUGUCCCCGUUGCCAUGGCAAUAUAAGGAUUUGUCAUUAAUAACAGUUGCGUGGGAGCUGCUGGCCGGGUGGGCAGUGCUCUGAGGGCUGCGGAGGCUGAGCCCUCCCCACACCCCAGCCAGGGACAGAGCCCGCCGAGGGCCAGGCAGAGGAUUUACCCAGCACUACCUGCUCGGUGGCAUGGCCACACCGGCAGCCCUGGGACGGGCACAGGGGCUGGCAGGAAUGUGUCACCUGUGCUGAGCGCUACAGCCCGUGCUGUGGGGACACCGGUGCCGGCCGGGGCUGCCCGUGGUGGGGCUGGCUCAGGCACCCCAUGGCUCCCGAAGGAGGGCAGAGAGCGCUGGGCUGUGCCAGCCAGAGCCCCCAGCCCCAGCAGCGUGGCCGUGGGGCACAGCUGAGCAGCUGAGGGACAAGGAGGCGGCUCUGGUAGCAGGCAUGGGGCCGAGCUGUUCCCGGGACAGUAGGACACCCUCGGGACAGCUUUUCCGGGGACAGCAAAAUACACUCCCAGCCGGCCCCUCCUGGAUCAACCCCCGGGAUCCCGGGCCCACCGCUUUUCCCUGCCGCGGGGGUGGAGGAGGUUGCAGGGAGUCCCCGGCUGCCGCUAGCGCCGGGGACAAAGCCGGGUCCCCUCCGGCCCGUGACGGCCGCGGGGCGGGGGCCGGGGCCGGCUCCCACCGGGGCGGGUGGGGGCGGUGCCGACGGGAACCGCCCGCCUCCUCUUCCGAGCGGCCCACCCAGCCCGGGGCACCGGCGGGGCUGGGGGCUGGAGCGGAUCGCUGCGGCUGGGUCUGCAGCGCCCGGGCGGCUUCGCGGCCGCGGCGGAGCCCCGCGGCUCGGUCCGGGAUGGCGGCGCGGCCGGUGCUGCCGGUGCUGGCGGCGCUGCUGCUCUCGGCGGCUCCGGAGCCCGUCCCGCGGGUCAGCCUGCCCUACGACUCGGCCGAGAGAGUAGUGCGGCGCUUUGAGGCACCUGGUGUGUCCAACUACACGGCCCUCCUGCUGAGCCCGGACGGUGGGACCCUCUACCUGGGGGCACGAGAGCUGCUCCUCACCCUCAACACCAGCAACUUUCAGCCCAGCUCCCCUGUUCGUAGGCUGCUGUGGAGUGCAGAUGAGGAGAAGAAGAGGCAGUGUGUGUUCAAAGGCAAGGACCCCCAGAGGGACUGUCACAACUACAUCAAGCUGCUGCUGCAGCUGAACAGCACCCACCUGUACACCUGUGGGACCUGCGCCUUCAGCCCAGCCUGCGCCUACAUCAACGUGCAGCACUUCAGCCUGGAGCGGGACUCGUCAGGGAAGGUGGUGUUGGAGGACGGGAAGGGACGCUGCCCCUUUGACCCUGAGUACCGCUCCACAGCUGUCAUGGUCGACGGCGAGCUCUACGCCGGGACCGUCAGCAACUUCCAGGGCAAUGAGCCGACCAUCUCCCGCAGCCAGGAGAGCCGCAUCGCCCUCAAGACCGAGAACUCCCUCAACUGGCUGCAAGAUCCAGCGUUCGUGGGCUCAGCCUACCUGCGGGAGAGCCUCCCUGCCGGCAACCCUGAGGGUGACGACGACAAGGUCUACUUCUUCUUCAGUGAGACCGGGAAGGAGUUUGACUAUUUUGAGAACACCAUCGUCUCCCGCAUCGCACGUGUGUGCAAGGGGGACCAGGGCGGGGAGCGUGUGCUGCAGCGGCGCUGGACGACCUUCCUGAAGGCACAGCUGCUCUGCUCACACCCUGAGGAUGGGUUCCCCUUCAACGUGCUGCAGGACAUCUUUGUGCUCACCCCGGGUGAGCUGCGCUGGAGGGAGACGCUCUUCUACGGCGUCUUCACCUCACAGUGGAACAAGGGUGGACUGGGCAGCUCGGCCGUCUGCGCCUUCCCCAUGCGCAGCGUGCAGCGUGCCUUCGGCGGGCUCUACAAGGAGGUGAACCGCGAGACGCAGCAGUGGUACACGGACACCAGCCCUGUGCCAGAGCCCCGGCCAGGCAUGUGCAUCACCAGCCGCACACGGCACCUGAGGAUCAAUUCGUCACUGCAGAUGCCAGAUCGGGUGCUGAACUUUAUCAAGGAUCACUUCCUGAUGGACAGCCCGGUGCGCAGCCAGCCUCUGCUGCUGCAGAGCCACCGGCGCUACCAGCGCAUCGGCGUGCACCGCGCGCAGGGCCUGCACGCCACCUACGACGUCCUCUUCCUGGGCACGGACGACGGGCGGCUGCACAAGGCUGUGCGGGUGAACCACGGUGUGCACAUCAUUGAGGAGAUCCGCCUCUUCCCCGACGGGCAGCCCAUUCUCCAGCUGCUGUUGGACCAGGACCAGGCAGGAGCCAGGGGCCUCGUCUACGCAGCCACCUACACAGCAGUGGCCCAGGUGCCCUUUGCCAACUGCAGCCUGUACCGCAGCUGUGGGGAGUGUGUGCUGGCACGGGACCCCUUCUGCGCCUGGAGCCGGGGUGCCUGCCGCAGGGUCACCCCGCAUCCCCCGGCACACCCACAGCUCUGGGUGCAGGACAUCGAGGAUGCUGACACGGAGCGGCUCUGCCAGCUGGCCAACGCCUCCCAGCCCCGUCCCCGCAUCCUCCUGCCCCCAGCCUCAGGCACCCCGUGCCAGCAGAUCCAGCUACCUCCCAACGCGGUGCGGCCGCUGCCGUGCCGGCUGCUCUCCAACCUGGCCUCACGGCACUGGCUGCACAACGGGGCACCUGUCAACGCCUCCUACCUGGUGCUGCCCGACGGGGCCCUCAUCCUGGUGGGCAGCCCAGAGCGCACAGGCACCUAUGAGUGCUGGUCACUGGAGGAGGGAUUCCGCAAGCUGAUGGCCAGCUACUGCGUGGGCAUGCAAGAGCCAGCCCUUGGGCCAGCAAACUCUGGCAGGAAGGUGGCUGCUGGCCAUGACACCCUGGAGACGGUCAGCACAUCCCGGAGCACCUCAGCGGUGGGCAGUGCUGCGGCACGACUGGACGGCAAGACCUACUGGACCGAGUUCCUGGUGAUGUGUGUGCUCUUUGCUGCUGCCGUCCUCGUGCUGGCCUUCUUUGUCCUGCACCGGCACCGUGACGGCAUGAAGGCCCUGCUGGAGCCCGGUGACCCCAGCAGGCACCAGAAGCCACCCCGCAAGCCAGUGGAGAGCCUGCCCCUGAAUGGCAGCAGCCUGCCCAGCACGGCUCCUGAGCACAAGGGCUACCAGGCCCUGCAGGACAACUACAUUGUCAGUACCCCCGUGCAUGAGCCCCCAGGACCCCCACGCACCUUCUCUGAGUCAGAGAAGAGGCCUCUCCACGUCCGUGACAGCUUUGUGGAGGUGUCUCCUGCCUGCCAAAGACCGCGGGUGCGCCUGGGCUCCGAGAUCCAGGACUCGGUGGUGUGACGGGGAUGAGAGCCAAGCCCUCACCCACGACUGCCUCUGCUCUGCUGAGCCUUGCUGGACCGUGCGCCGCUGCCAGGGUCCGUGUUGUCUGUGUGUGCAUGCCCAGAGCCUGGCACCCACACUCGGCGGCAGCACCCACCGGCCAGCGGGGUCUAAACCCUCACGGGCUCCCUGGGCAUCACCUUGGUACUUGUGAGGGGUGCCACCUGCCUUCCAGGGACCUGCUGCAGGGAUAGAGCUGGGACAGUUCCAGCCCAGCGUCCCUGCUGCAGGGGUAGACACGGUUCCUGGCUCAGGCUGCUGGCGGUGCCGGCUCUGCCAGGCCCUGACCCCCUCUAUGCAGAGGGCAGGAGGGGGCGGCCGCAGACCCCUCGUGCCCCAGCUCACUGUGACGUCCCGCUGUGGGACCCAGGGCCACGCGCGCGGCUGGGCAGCGCCAGCCUGCGGCAUGUGCUGUGUGUCUGUGCUUGGUUCGUUUUUAAUAUGUGGAAAAUGUGAAUUGUGUCCGGGAAAGGGGAGCUGGGAACAGCUUCCCCUGCGCUGGGUGGGCAGGGACACCCCCGCGGCCCCACGUGCGUGUGCAGAAACGUCAGUUGUUUUUAUAUAAAGUCCUUCAGACACGUG